ACUUGGAAAGAGAAGCUUGGCUUGUGUAUUUCCAUGUGACCAUGAGCGUCCAAUGGAUAACAUAAAAUGAAAACAGAGUUGGAAGUUGGGUGGGGCAAGUAGUCGCGACAGCCGGCACAGAGAAGGCAGACGAUGGAGGUGGUGAACUUUGUGGCGGGUCAUGCGAAGGAAGCGGGGACAAAAAUUGUAAAUGGAGUGGCAGAGGGUGUGGGAGGGAUUUUUGUAGCGUUGAGGCAGCAAGGUAUCACCAUUAAAUACGACGUGGAAACGAAUGUUAAGAAAGUAUUUGGCAUUCCCGGCCUCAUAUCCGAUGUCGCCGCCUUCGCAGCCGUGGCUGUUGCUUCAGUUGGCGCUGCAGAUGUAGGUCUUCAAAUGGCAAACAAUUUCAUAUGCAAAAGGAGAUGUAAUACUUGCAAGGGAUGGGAGGCUUUGCAGUGUACAAGGUGCAGAGGUACUGGAAAGGUGAAAUUUCGUGUAUUGAAAUCUGGGCUUAACAACCAGGAAAGGUCUGCGAAAGAUGAUGUUGCAGUUUCUAUUGCAAAUGGACAAGCAGAGGUUAUACACUAUCCAGCUUCUCUUGACACCGAGUUUCUGUUUCCCUCUAAAGAAUUCCCUACAAAAGCGUGUCCUACAUGUGAAGGAUCAGGGGUAAUGAAUUGUACUGAAUGCAUUGACAAAUUUAAAUACAGAAUUUCUUCAGAUGAGUUGUGUGAUGUACCGAGAAAAUCUUGGGAUGUACUGAGAAAGAUUGAAUAUCCUUCUGAGCACAUAUUGGCGAAGAUGGAAGAUCCUUCUCUGGCAGCAUACUGGCUGAUUGCUAAACCUGAGCUUGAAGGUGGAUUCAAGUUUGAUGAAGAUGUAAAACAGAAGCUGUGGUGGAAGUAUAAGGAGGAUUUUUUGCGAUAUGGAAUGGUUCGUAAGAGUGUUGUUGAACGUGAACCGGGAUGGGAUCACAUGCAGAAAGUGAGUAUCUGCUUUUAG